GUCUAACAUUUCUUUAUAUAAUAUACAGUAUAGGAGAGAACUUGCUCUUUUACGAGUCUCUUGGUUGUAAAUUCAGGCUCGGCUGAUGAACGGCUCAGAUUCCUGUUCUGGUCGAGUGGAGCUCCAGUACCUCAGUGAGUGGGGUACAGUGUGUGAUGUAAGCUGGGAUAUGAGAGCUGCCAGUGUCCUCUGUGCUCAGCUGAAGUGUGGGAGUGCUGUGGCUGUGUUGGGGUCAGACUGGUUUGGGGAGGGGAGUGGCCGGAUCUGGGCGGAUGUGUUUGAUUGUCAGGGGAACGAAACACACCUGUUAAAAUGUCCCAUUUCAUCAUGUCGAACUGCAUGCUCUCAUAAACAGGAUGUUGGACUCAUCUGCAGUGGUUCUUCUCUGGCGUCUCAUGAGGGAGGAGUGCGGUUGUCUGGAGGGAUGGAGUGUGAGGGGGAGGUGGAGGUGUUCUUCAGGCAGGACUGGAGGAGAGUUCUGCUGGACUCCUGGAGUGAGUCUGAGGCCUCAGUGGUCUGCAGACAGCUGGGCUGUGGUUCUGUACUCAACACCUCCAGCUCCUCUUCAUCCAGUCCUGAACACAGCUACAUGUGUGUGACGGGUUUCAACUGCUCUGGGAGUGAAGCUCAUCUGAGGAACUGCAGCAGCUCACAAGCAGUUAACUGCAGCUCCACAGAACAGAUCUACAUCACCUGCUCUGGCUACAGCUUCAUCAGGCUGGUUGGUUCUGGGGGAGACUGUGCUGGAAGGCUGGAGGUUUUCCACAGUGGAUCAUGGGGGACAGUGAGUGAUGAAUUGUGGGAUAUUGAGGAUGCGCAGGUGGUCUGCAGGCAGCUGCAGUGUGGAGUUGCCCUCAGUGCUCCAGUACCAGCCCGGUUUGGAUCUGGAACUGGACCCAUAUGGCUGAAUGAGGUGGAGUGUGAGGGGAACGAGGCGUCUCUGUGGAACUGCAGAUAUCAGCUGUGUGGAGAGGAUGAAUGUGGACACAAGGAUGAUGUAGGAGUCGUCUGCUCAGAGUAUAAAGAGAUCAGACUGACUGAGGGCUGUGAGGGGAAUCUGGAGGUGUUCUAUAAUGGAACCUGGGGGAAUGUGUGUAACAAUGGGAUGGAUGUAGAAACAAUGGGUCUCAUCUGUCGGGAGCUGAACUGUGGAAGAUUUAAGACUGAGAGAGCUACCAAAGCACGAGUGGAAUCAGCUCCUAACUGGCUGGAUGAUGUAAAAUGUAGGAAACAUGACUCUACUCUGUUUCACUGUCCAUCUUCAUCCUGGAGUCAGAACAAUUGUGAUAGAAGCAGUGAGGUGACUCACAUUACCUGCUUCGGAGAGAAGAAACAGCUUGCAUUUGAAAACCUUCAAAAAUUCUUCUUAUUUCCAAACCAGGGUCAGUGCUCAAAUUACAUGCCUAUUAGGUUGAGAGGAGGAGAGGAAAUCUGUUCUGGGAGGUUGGAGGUGUAUCAUAAUGCUGAGUGGGGGUCUGUAUGUGCUGAUCUGUGGGACAUCAGGGAUGCUCAGGUGGUCUGCAGGCAGCUGGGUUGUGGGCCGGCGCUGAGUGCUAAUAGAAGAGCUGCUGAUGGUUCUGGUGGAGGAACUAUCUGGAUGAACAGAGUGAAGUGUAGAGGGAAUGAGAUUCACCUGUGGGACUGUCCUCAUUCCCUGAAGAUCCACACUGGCUGCUCCCACAGUGCUGGAGUCACUUGUGCAGACAUAUUUGUCACAUUACCUUUUUCAUCUGAAACAACUACAACUUACACCACAGUACCAGCACAGCUAACAGAGAAAAAGACAGUCCCUCCUUCAAAAAUUCCAUCAUCUAAUUUUCCAUACAUCUAUCCAGUGUCUCUCCUGGUUCUGGGAUCUGUGCUCUUCCUGGCCUUAGUGCUUCUGGUUGUGCUGUUUUAUCAGAACAGAGUGCUCAGGAGAGUGAUUUCUAAGGUGAGGAGGAAGACUCUGCUUGAGGCAGUCUAUGAAGAGAUUAACCAUAAAUGUGUCACUAACAGAUAUACUAAAAGAGGAAGUUUUAUCUCUGAAGAUCAGCAUUCAGGAUAUGAGGACGUAGAUGAGGAGCUUCUCUCAGAAAACUAUGGCGAGGUCUAUGAUGAUAUCAUACCUGCUGAAGAGAGCCCACACAUUACAACAGGUUUGGAUAUUUUAAUACGUACGAUUUAUUGUGGACACAUGGUAAACAUGCAAAUUAUAUUUGCUUUUCACCUUAAUCAAAAAUAUAUCUAUAUAUGUCUGUGCAGCAUACAUUAUUAUGGUUUUCUAUUCUUUUGGUAUUAAAUACUGUUAAUGGAACUAAUCAUCUUCAUUGCUGUAUUUAAAUAAAUUAUAUUUCUCUGAUUAAACGACAUUAAAUGCAAUGACAAACUGAGACUUCCAGC